AUGUAUCCGAUGAAGAGAGAGAACGACUCAGUGCACUGGUUCAUGAAUGAACUCACGUCCAGGGUAGUCGCGGAGUCAGGGAUCCCCACCGACAUCCACCAUCUUGGAAAAAUCCUGCUGCGGAGUCUCAAGGAUGACCCGGGUUUCGUGUUGCAAAUUGAUGGUGCGACGGGCGAACAGGAGACCACUGGUUCAGUCCUAGAAAGGUCGGUACGCUGCGCCAUCGCUCUCAAGAACCUGGGUCUUCAGCGUGGUGACGCCAUUAUUCUCAUGGCUCCAAACCACCUCGACCUGGCCAUACCGUUCUAUGCGGCUUUUUAUCUAGGGGUCAUGGUGGCUCCUAUUGACAGGACAGCAUUGGGUGUUUAUGAACUCCAAGGCACCUUCGAAGCGAUCAGACCGAAGGCGAUCUUUUGCCAGAGCGACCGAGCCCUAGACGUACAGCUGGCCCUUAAAAAAGUGGACGCGAAACCCUUCAUAGUCACCUUUGACACUGGCAGUUCUCUGUGUAGCUUCAAACAGUUUUUAGACACGUAUGGGGAUCAAAGUCCUGUCAACGAGUUCAAGCCAACCGACUUGGACCCUGAGGACACCAUAGCUCUACUAAUCUCCACCAGCGGGACCACUGGACUACCCAAAAGCGCUGCUGCAACUCAAAAGAACUUAGUCAUCUCCAGCCCAUACCUAUGGAGUCGAUACACCCAAUUCCCAAAGCCCACAAAGAUGACGUUGAUCGUAUCGCCGCUGCAGUGGCUGACGGCGAUACUGAUGUUCCUGAUGUCUCCGAUACUGCGGUUCACGAGGCUGCAGACGUCGCUGACUGUCUCGCCGCAGCACGCGUGUCAUCUCAUCAAUACUUAUAAGCCAACCUAUAAGAUAAUUAGCCCGCCGUUUUUGAACGCUCUCUUAAGAUCGGAGGGAGGCCUACAAUGCGACUUUAGCUGUUUCGAGGCGAUCCUGGUAGGAGGAAGCGCUGUCACAGCCGAUUUAAUACAAGAGGUUAAGAAAAUAGCACCCAACACAGAGGUACUGAACGCGUUUGGGAUGAGCGAGGUAACAUCACUGUUGUUCGUAAAUGAGGGUCUGAACCCCGGCUCUGACACCGUUGGGAAGCCCAUGGGGUUAUUGCAAUACAGGUUGAUAGACACCGAAACCCAAGAGGACAUUUACGAACCAAAUAAAAACGGGGAGUUAUGGGUCAAAGGCCCCAGUAUAGUGAAGGGCUACUACAGAAACCCCGAGGCUACAGCAGAGGCGUUCACCGAAGACCGUUGGUUCAAGACGGGCGACAUCUUUUACAGGGAUGAAAACUAUAACUUUUUCUUCGUGGAUCGUAUUAAACUGAUGUUUUACUAUAUGACUUAUCGGAUUUCCCCGGUGGCGAUAGAGGCGUUAAUCCGGCAGCAUCCUGGAGUGCAAGAAGUGGCCGUGACCGGUAUACCGGACCCGACGCGCGGGGAGUUACCGGCCGCUUGCGUGGUGCGGCGGCCGGGUGGCCGCGUUACUGCUGACGAGAUCAAACAACUGGUCAAAGAAAAUCUAGCAGACGCAAAACAGUUAAGGGGAGGCGUAAUAUUUUUGGACACAAUCCCACUAACACCGACAGCGAAGAUCCAUCGGAAAAAGCUCAAAGAAAUAGCAAUGCGGUGUCAUGCCAAUGCCAGCUAGC